AUGGUUGUCAUUGACUUUGACAUGGCCGCCACUGGAGGCAACUCCAAUGCCACCUUUUCCGACUCGCCCUUCUUUUUCGAUCGAUCAGAUGCCAACGGCGCCGGUAAGGCUAUCUACAAGGAUGCGCAUCACAUACAGCCUCACUCAAAUCCUCGCGUCAGCUACUACCAUCCUGCCGGUGUUGGCGACUUUCACUACGGCGAGAGGCACCCCAUGAAACCCGCACGACUCACCCUCACAAACCGUCUUGUCCUCGCAUACGGUCUGCACAAGCACAUGAGCGUCUUCACGCCUCGCCAAGCAACCAAAGAGGAGCUCGAAAUGUUUCACGACAGCGACUAUGUCGAAUUUCUCGCCAACGUAACCCCCUCGACCCCACCCUCGGCCGCUUUCACCAAGUUCAACUUUGCCGACGACUGCCCCGUCUUUGAUGGCAUGUAUGACUUUUGCAAAUCCUAUUCUGGCGCAUCCCUCGCAGGCGCUCGCAGGCUCGCUGCUGGAGAGACCGACAUUGCCAUCAACUGGUCAGGCGGUCUGCACCACGCCAAAAAAUUCGAAGCUUCUGGCUUCUGCUACGUCAAUGAUAUCGUGUUGGGCAUCAUGGAGCUGCUCAGGUAUCAUCCCCGCGUUCUCUACAUUGACAUUGACAUUCAUCACGGCGACGGUGUCCAGGAAGCUUUUUACAACUCGAAUCGUGUCAUGACCGUUUCCUUCCACAAGUACGGAAACGACUUUUUCCCUUGCACCGGCAACAUUGACGAGAUCGGCACAGGGCUCGGCAAACACUUCUGUCUCAACGUACCAUUGCAAGACGGCAUCGACGACUCUGGAUACGUUGCGCUUUUCAAAAGCGUCAUGGAACCCUGCAUCACCACAUUCCGCCCUUCCUCCAUCGUCCUACAGUGCGGAGCCGACUCGCUCGGAUUGGAUCGUCUUGGAUGCUUCAACCUCAGCAUUGCAGCGCACGGCGAAUGUGUUCAAUUCAUAAAGUCAUUCGGGUUACCCUUGCUCGUGCUCGGCGGUGGCGGCUAUACGAUUCGCAAUGUGGCUCGCUGUUGGGCCUACGAGACGUCUGUCCUCACCGGCUGCUCGAUCCCAGAUACACUCCCUAGUACGCCCUACAUGGAGUUUUUUGCACCCACCUAUCGACUGCACGAGCCGACCCAGGCUGGCAGAGUCGAAAACCAAAACUCAAAGGCUAGUCUUGAAAAGAUCCGCGUACAGAUCCUUGAACAACUCCGCUACCUGCAUGGCGCUCCCAGCGUUCAGAUGCAGGAGCUACCUCCCGAUCUUGCUGGCGCUUGGGUCGAGGAAGAAGUCAAGUCAUAG